AUGGCAUCGGUCAAGGCAAUCUCGCGAUCCACGCCGGUCUCGGAACGCGCAUCAAUUGCACCGGCGGAAGUCUAUGGUCCAGAAGGUGCGGAUAUCAAGCUGAGGAUAGCUACUGGGGGCGCUGGCCAAACAGGCCUUUUGAGGAAACUUGCGGAAGAAUUCAUUUCAUGGUAUACUCGAAGUACAGCAAGUUCACCGUUUCGAAUUGCGUGGAUAGCGACGGAUACGUCAUUGAGUUUCAACGCUUUGGCCACGGGUGCCGCAGAUUUGAGUAUCACGUAUCACGCAUAUGCUGAGAAAAUUGCGCUGCGGCAGGGCAUAGCUGAUCGGUGCGUCUACGCGUGGCGGGAUCAUUUUAUGCUCGUCGGGCCGGACUCCAAUCCUGCAAAUCUACCUUUGGAUCGGAAGUUGAGUAUCUUUGAUUUGUUUGCUCUGAUUUUUGAAGCGGCCGUGGAGACUGCGACGUCGCCGAAUCCCGUCAGGUUUCUCUCGAGAUACGAUAAAUCUGCAAACAAUAUUCGAGAAUCACAUAUCUGGACCACCAUUGGGCAAACGCCGUGGGCUCAUCCAUAUUCUUCGUUCUAUCAUCGAUACGUCGAUUUUCCAUUUGGAGCCCUACGAGCAGCAAGCCGCUUGGGUGAGUACACUCUAGUUGAUAGAGGUACCUGGUACGCGAUUGAGGAAAGUGUCAGACAGGGGAUGAUUGUUUUCAAGGAGAGCAUCGAUGCAGCUGAGGAUGACCCUUUGAUCAACCCGGCUCAUGCACUUGUGGGAACGCUGGCAGAGAAUCGAGAGCUUGCCGAUGCAUUUGUGCAGUGGCUGCAAUCUGACGAGGGCGGCCAGAGCAUUAUUGGCAGCUUUGCAGUCCAUGGGACAGUUCUGCACUCGCGUGCCAUUAAGGGCCAUGAACCAUUCUCUCGAGUUCAGAUCCAUACGAAGUUGUAA